AUGGCAUCGACGUUGAUACGAACCGACUCGAAAGCGAGAUCCGCAACUAUAUUGACUGACGAUGAAAUUAAAGAUGAAUUUGGUAAUAUAGAGGAGACAAGAAAGGCCAUUGAACGUGCAGUUAAUCGUGCGCAUAAUACGAAGAAAACAAAUUCUACGGCUACGAAUUCAAUAGGAAACGAUCGACGAUUUGCUCAGGCAUUGCAUUACGAAGCUGAUCAAUUGUAUCAAAAAGGAAAUUAUGAGACUGCAUUGGUGUUGUAUCAUAGAGCAGCAAAGGUUUGUCCUCGCGAUGGUAGUCAUAGUACAGCGGCAAGACGAACGGCAACUAUGAUAAACUCAUGGCAAAAUCCAUCAAAACGUUUGAGAAAGUUCUUGUCAAAAACUAAACCUGAAUCAGAACUGACGAUCGCACUUUGCCCCGAAGUGGCUGCCAUUAAAGCCGCUAAUGUACUUAGAGAAUCUCCAGAUUUCUCAUCCGUGAACGAAGUUCUCAGUUUUCUAACAAGUAUCAACGAUAAUGAGAUUCAUGUCGAGCAUAACAGUGAAUAUUCUAUUCAAGAUACUUAUCGAAGUUGUAGAUAUAAAAAUACGACAAAAGAAUUAUCCUUUCAAUUUAGUUAUUUCGAUGAGCACAAAAAUCUUUGGGAUAGAUCAUCAACGACAUCGAGUUUCUCAAAGUUACAUCUAACACGAUCAAACGCUAUGUUAAAUCGUUUGAGGAAUGUGGCUGAUACGACAUUGAAGAAAUUAGAAACAGCAUUUCAUUCUGGCAACGUUAAAGCAUCUUUUCAAUAUGCGAAAGAAUUAUUGGCUGUUUCGUCAGGAAUUGGAGAGCCUAAAAGAUACGAAGUUGAAGCUCAUCGUUAUUUGGCCUUGACCCACGUAAUGCUUGGUAGACACGACAGAGCUGUGAAUAAUGUCGCUAGAAUGGUAUACCUAGCGAAAAUAAGUAACGAUUCAGUUUUAAUUUUGCAAUCACUUUUGACCUUGGGCAAGGUACAUUUAAGUUUUGAUCAUUUGGAUGCCGCGGCUCGUGCCUGGGAACAUUUAUCGAAAAAUUUGGAAGAACCGAUUUUACGUGCUUGGAUUCAUCAUGAGAUUGGCCGAUGUUAUUUGGAAACUGGAAAAUUUGUUAAAGCAUUUAAUAUGGGCAACCGAACCUUAGAAAUUGCUGAAGAUAUCGGCUCGAAUAAAUGGAUUCUUCAUGGUAAACUCCUUAAAGCUCAGACCUUGGUGAAACUUGGUAGAUUUGCCGAGGCCUUGGAGGAAUUGAGGAUUUGCGCUAGGAUCACCGAGGAGGAAGAAGAAUUACCUUUGAACGAUCCAUUGGAUCAUGAAAAUCCUUCGAUUGUUGGGAUAAGACUGACGAAUAGUAUGACAUCAUUGAAGAGCGAGAUAACCAAUGCUACCUACGUUAUCGAUAAGAAAACCAAACAAAACAAAAUGGAAAUGAAACGGAAGAAAAACGAAAAGGAUAACGUAAAGGUAUCAUCAAAGGAAUAUAUAUUUGAUGACAAUGAAGACUUUCAAAAGGUAGAUAGGUAUAUGUUGAAAGAGGUCGAUAAAAUGGAGUUUAAGGUGGGGCCCGAGUCGAUCGAUGAAUCCGACAAGAUGCUUCGUAAAAAGAAGAGAAAAGAGGAAGGGAAAGAAAUUGAAGAGGAAAUAACGGAGGACCCAGAGAAAAUGAUAGAGAUCAUUCGUGUCGCUUUGUCCAUGUCGAAAGAGGAAGUUCGCUCCAUCGAGAAAAUCCAAAUCGUUCAAGAGCCAACUUCAACGACGACGACGAACUUUCGCGAGGAUAAAAGGAGAAAUGAUGUCGGUGAUUCGAUUACAAGAGGAAGAAUACGCGGUGACUUAACUGGUCGUUCAUUUCUUAAAAGCAAUCGUUAA